AUGUACAUGUACCACAAAUAUACCUGGCACCCUUGGAAGUCAGAAGAGGGCAUUGGAUCCCCUGACGGGGGGAGCAGUGAACAGAGGCAGGUGUCCCCACCAUGGCUUGUACAUGUAAAAAUCGGGACCCACCUCUGGAUCCGAAGCCUCAUGGCCCGACAGUACCUGGCAGAGUUUCUGGGUGUGUUUGUGCUAGUGGUAGGAGCCCACCUAAACCCAGCCUUCUCUCUGGCCAUGUGCUUGGGGGCCCACGCCCCCCUCCCCUGGGCCACGGUCCCCAUUUGCUGCUUUGUGUAACUGUUGUGUGCUUCUGUGCCUCAGGCCUCAGGAGCUCUCUACAUUCUCUCCCGUGAUGCCCUCCAGCACUACACAGGCGGGAACCUGACAGUGACUGGUCCCAAAGAGACAGCCUCCAUUUUUGCCGUGCCCUUCCCCCAUCUGUCCCUGAUCAAUGGCUUCUUGGAUCAGAUUUUGGGUGGGAUGCUGAUUGUGGGGCUGUCAGUGAUCCCAGACAGACGGAAUAAAGGGCCUGCAGGGAUCGAGCCUGUGGUGGUGGGACUGCUGGUGCUUGCCAUCGGACUAGCCAUGGAUGCUAACUGUGGUUUUCCGCUCCACCCUGUCCAGGACCUGGGCCCACGGCUCUUCACCUACUUUGCUGGCUGGGGCUCUGAGGUCUUCAGUAGGAGACAGGCUGGGAAUGGCUGGUGGUGGGUGCCUGUGGUGGCUCCUAUGCUGGGAUCCACUCUCGGCACAGCCACAUCCCAGCUCCUGGUGGCUCUGCACCUCCCUGAGGACCCAGAGCCAGUUCAAAGGUGGGUAGCAGCUCAGCUUGAGGCUUCAGAUGUGGGAACUCCAGCUCAGCUGGAGUGUAAGCUGUGAUGAUUGCCAACCUUAUCUCACUCUGCAAAAGCACCAUGACCUGUCAAGCUUGCAAGACAGAUAUUCUCUGU